CGCCAGUUGAGUUGAGUGGUCGCGAGCGGAGCUCACGUUGUGUGUGGGACAGUUACCGAGGCGUUUGUACAAGUGCCUACUGGGCACCUGGCACCCACUUAGUGCCCAAUUUGACUCCUUGUCCUUGUGCGGGAGGGUCCCGUGGCCGCUGCGAGUCCCGUUGCCGAGUGACCGGGCCCGGUGUGACCUCGAUCUGACGUUUGGCCGCGGCUCAGUGGUUGCAGCGUUCAACACGCCGCCGGGCGGACGCAGGAAUUGAAUGAAAACAAAGUUUGGGUCCGAUUGCGUGCGGACCUCGCGAGUGCGUGAACACCGGGGCGGAGGGUGCAAGCCGGGGGAGUUGUGUGUGAUUUAUUGAAUUUUCACUGCCGUGCAUCCGCUGCAGCGGAGGAGUGUCGUCGAAUCAGCUGUUGUGGUCCCGUUAGAGUGCGGGGGUGUCGAUGAAGUUGCUGGAGUUUGGGCGCUCGUCGACGCGCGUCUGUCCGGCUCCCGAAGGCUCUGCGGCGCGAUGAAACAGGGAAACGUAUUUGCGUGGAAAAUUUAAUUAGUGUCCUUCCGGAUUGUGGCGAUUGCGAGCUGGUGCGGUGUCCUGCGGAGCGGGAAAGCUGGAGAAGCAUCGCGAGUGUGUUGCCAAGUGAUCCCUUGCCGAGAUCCAAGCGGAAAAGUCGGAACGUGUCAAGGACUCCGAGGUAGAAAGUCCUUUCGCGCGGGGGCAGUGGAUUAUCGAAUCGAAGACGGCAAGGACACUCGAGCGAGCCAGUUGGCAGGUGAAAGUUAGACCCUCGUCGUCAGGACUCAACUCCAUCGUUCUAUGGACUCCAUUGACAACACGAUUGACUCGUUUGUGUAGAAAUGGCGCGUGCUGGAUGUAGGCCGAAUGGAUUGCAAAAAUUAGAGGGUGACGAUGUUGAAAAAUCCCUAGAGCUUCUGGACAAAGUUCUAUCGGAAUUCGAAGAUCCUGAUUCGUUGCCGCACAUUGAACCGGAGAGCCCGUCCCAGGGUAAUCAGUCUGAGGACGAUGGUUACAUGAGCAUGAAUGGAAGGAGGGCCAAAAUUCCUCCGGACUUCCAUCAGCAGCAGCAACAGCACCAGCAGCAGGAAGACCAUAAAAUACCCCACGAACAGGCAUCUGAUGAGUCCUCUGUAUCGCCACCGGCAAUGGCAGAACCUCCAGCACAUCCUAUUCCAACGGAAGAGACAAAAUCAGAAGAGCCACCUCCACCAGAAGUUGCCGAGGCCAUUAUUUCGAAUUUAUUACCAAGAUCCGGGUCAAUAAAUGCAACCGAACUAAAUCAUUUACACAAAAUCAACAGUCCAAGACACCAUCAUUUAGUUCGUCAACAAUCACAGGAUCUUUGUGAGCACAAUAACUUAACGCUAGUGCCUCCCAACUAUAUAAAUGGCGACGAUAAAGGCGGAGGAAGGAUAGACAUAGACGGCGCCAGAAGUGGUCCUACAAUCAGUGGCGACACAGGUAGCGACGUCGGAAACUAUGAUGAUGGCGAGCAUACCACUGGUGCGAUUAUGCCGCAGCAACAACAGCACAACGAUAAAAGCAACAUCAACAUCCCGGAAACACAGAUUCCUUCACAAGCAACACUGCCAAAGACACGUCCGUCUACAGUCAUUCCCUCCAGAUAUUCAAGUCUUCCGUGUUCUGGACCAGCUCGUUCGUUUGACGGCAGUCCGAAUGGCAUGGGUCCGGGGGGAAUGCGAGCCGCAAUGGGCAGUGGCAGCUUCGAUGGCGGCGGUGGUAGAAAUAUCCUUGGAAUUGGUAUCAGCGCCGUACACGAUGCUGUUCUACGUGGAGGAGUUGCCAAACUGUUACCAGAACCAAUUGUCAAUGAACAUCCUGUUACAAUCUACCCGGGCAGGGCGUCACCCCCGCGUGGUCGGGUGCCCCCAAGGACUCUGCCCGGAUCCGUAGAGCGCCACCGAGAAGUGUGUCGCAAUUUGAACGCAUUGGACCAACACGACGGGAACAUGAUCGAUCCGUGCACCAACAAAAUCUUCUCGCCCUCACACCAGCAAUUCGUCAUCAGCAAAUCACCCUCAUCCCCCGUGAUGAUAGUGCAAAAACCCAAGGCCGGCCUAUUGUGUCACAGCAACAGCAGCAGCAGCACGACGAACAGUAGUUUUAGCAAUAACCAAACCAAUCACAUGAUUAUCGACAAUAAAAUGCUAUUUGGAAAUCUUCAGAUUCCACCCCGAAAACGUACCAAUGAAUUGAAUGGGACUGAUAGCGUUAGUAAGCGAGGCGAUGGUAGAGGCCCGAAAGAUACAGGAGCGAGCAGUGAAAGCACCGAUGAAGAAUUCUCGGAUGAUUCCUUGGAAGGUCAAUCUUUGCCACCACCACCGCCUCCACCAAUAGUGCCUCCGCCGCCAUCCCUAUCGGCGCCAGUUACGCCUAGCAAACGUGGCAGUAUAGCAUGGGAAAUCAAUUUGGACGACCAUUUGCCACCACCGCCACCUGCACAUUUACAUCAACAAUUGAAUCAUGUCUCGGCAUCAGGAUCGUCAUCAGCCCCAACCAAGUCUAAGAAGAAAAUGAUGUCUAAUAAGGAGAAGGCAGCAAGUCUGAAAUUGGAUACAUCGUCGUCGUCCUCAGCCAAGGUGAUUCCACGACGUCGUGGUCGCAGUGUUUCCGGCGGUUCCCAGUCCAGUCUUGCAUCAACACCCAGUGGUGGCGGGGGCGGUGGUAGUUUAUCGAAUAAUCACUCGCCGAGACAUCAUAAUUUGCGACAUAGAUCCGGUUCGGUAGAGUGGCCUGAGCCACCAGAUCCACCAGUUUGUAGUACAGAGGACGAGGCUGCAUCUUUGUAUUCAGAUUCUGACGAUGUGAUACCAACAUAUCCCGCAAAUAUGACCGGCCAAGGAACAUACGUUAUACGUAAAGGACGACGGGAACGUAAUCGUUUACCAGAACUGAAUGCAUCAAUGUCGUCUUCGAUUAAUUCACGAUUGAGCAAUGAAGCCAUUUCGCCAGCUGUUUCGCAAUUGAAUAGUCUUUUUGUACCAAAUUCCCGGCAUAGUAUCGAUUUAGGUGCUUCAUCCCAAAUGCCUCCGCCUAUAUCUCAUCACAAUUCUCUACUUUCACCAAGAUCGCGGCUUUCACUAGACUUAAGUUCACCAAACUCUACCUCAGAGCUUCCACAACAAUCUGUAAUACACGCAUCGUCCUCUGGUAACAUGAUGCUAGGACAACAGCGCUAUAACGAUUAUAAGGCAUUUAACAAUAGCACAGCAGCGCAUUAUCAACAGCAGCAGAAGCAUCACCAGCAGCACGAUGAUGCUCAAUGUGGCAUCGGUAGCAGCAAUCACAUUGAAUCUAAUGGCAAUGGAGUUGCACAAAUGGCAACAACACAUCACAGCGGCAGCAGUAGCAGUUUAAAUAACAAUAAUAAUAGCAACAGUGCAAACAAUGGCUCUAAUAGUAGUUUAAACGGUCCUCCACAGCGUGUCCCGUCACUUUCAGGAAUGGCGGUCACGUCCCAGCAACAGCAACAUCAACAAUCUACGCAAAAUGACGUUAUCACAACGACACCACGACGUGAAUUAGCCCCGCCUAUCGAAGAGGAUGAGGAACAGGAUAGCGAAUCACAACGUGGUGCACCACUACGAGAAAUUGAAAAUAAUAUUAGUGCAUUGUUACGUGGCGAUAUAUCAGUGGCAAGAGUUGGUGAUAUAUCACAUCAUCGACGACCAUUAGCUUUUCGACCUGGUGUUCAUAAGUCCGAAAGUGCCAAAGAAAUGUUAUUAUCGCAAGCGGCGGUAUUUGGUCCGUUACCACCAUCUCCGCCAUCAUCUAGUCCUGAGGUGGAAAUCGACGGUUUCCCACCACUUCCACCAUCACCACUAGAAAAUGCCGCCGACGAUGAAGGUGAUGCCGACGAUGAUAUUGUACGCGGUUUGCACGGAAUACGAAUCUCAUCUCGUACUCGAUUGCAUUUUUCACGUGAUCGCGACAGUUUUGAACAUCCACCGGCCGUGCCACCGCAUCGUAGUCAACCCUCAGUGAAUACACUGAAAACACGUUCAAUGGAUGCUGGGUAUACGAAAAAAUACUCAUCAUCAUCGUCAUCACAUUCAGGCGGUCCAGGAACUCUACCGGGUGAUAUGCCACCUACAUCGAGUUCAAGACGACGACUUAUGUCUGGAGCGUAUCCAAAACGAUCGGCACAAAGUCCAAGGGAAGAGAGACGUCUCCAGACUUCCUGUAGUUUACCAGAGACGCCUAUUUUUGCGAGAGGAUGUGAUAUUCCCCGAACUCCUCAUCGUCGUGCACCUGAUCUUCCUACGAGCGGUUCGAGGACAGCUCCUCGUACGAAUACUGCGACUGCUCCUACUCUGAAUUCGUCUAUUGUUGGAAUUGGAAAUACAUUGGGUGGUGGUGGUGGAGGCCGACAGCACACCAUUAAUCAGGCAUUGGCCAGCGGAGAGAUGCUUCGUUUGGCCGGCGGCCCAGCACGUGGCUGGUAUCCAAAGCAAAGGAAUCAACAACGACCGGUCUCAACGGAACAUCUGGAUCGUUUGCAUCGAUCGCAGGGUUCAAUGCGAGCCUGGGAUGCAAGUGGAAUGACCGGGACCGGUGGAAACCGUAAGCCGCUCACUCUACCGCCAAAUCUAACACCGAAAUUUUUCAACAAAUCACCGCGUGAGGCGCUUAGACGAGUCACUAGUUUACUAAUACGAAAAGGAAAUGGAAAGGAAAAAGAUCCGAAACGUGAUAAGGAGGCAUAUGCGACGUCUGCAAUACAUAGAUCACCUGGAUCGGCCGGCGACAUACCAAUCGGACAAAACGGUACAGCACAAACCAAUGGCUCUAAUCAUCAUCACAAAAAGAAAGGAUUCUUCAAGAGCUUCUGGAAAAAAUCAAAACACUACUCAUUGGAGCAGUAAGUUUUCAGUCGCAUACAUGUAUCUGUAUUUUUUACGAUUGCACUACACAACAACUACUAUCACAUCCCCUCUACUAAACACUUAUUGAAAAUGGUACCAUCUUUUUACAUAAAAAUAUUUAUUGUGCGUGCCCACCUUCCAAAAUAUUGCAAAUGGUGGUCAAUUUUGAAGAAAAAAAAAAUGAAAAUCAACACAAUCAAUGACUGAUUUUUAGUAAAAAAAAAAUGAAAUUAUAAAAAUUCGAAAAGAUGAAGAUAAUAUUAUAAUCGACGAAUUGAAUUAUAAUUAUUGUAUUCCAAUUUUUGGGAAACAACACUUACGAGUGUAUUGAAAAUUUUGAAAACAGAAAGAAGAAGAGGCAAACCACGCCUUGUUGAAGCAAAACACUAUUUUUGGUUCCAAGUCACAGAAAGGAUCUUUGAUAAAAUUGAAUAGAUAAGAAAGAAAUUAAUGAAAUUUACUGAAGUCAAUACAUUUUUCCGAAUUGAAUUAUUACUAAAUGGUUGCUUUUUGUAUUUUUUGUCCGAGUUGGGAAUGAUGUCCUUUUUUUGAAGGAGGCAUUUGUAUAAAACUACAUAUUCCAUCGCAGAACACAAAAUGUAUAAAUAAUAGUGAAAACCUAACGCAGUGUUUAGUCCAGACAUUUAGAAGUCUUUAUGUGUUUCAAAGAAAGCCUAAAACAACUGCAAAUGAAAAGCUUGAAACUGCUCGUAUAGCGGAAAACAAUGUGCAUAAAACGAAUUUAAAAUGUUAGAAUCAAGUAGUCACCAUGUUUUUUGUUAGAGAUGGGCAUGAAUGGAGUUGCAGAAUGGUUUAUUAUCCUCAACCUAAUGUCUUUUGAAGUCAUUCAAUCUAUUCAUGGAUUCUUCAUUCAUUUAACCAUGACUGGUAUGAGCCAAAAAUCAAGGAUGAGAAAUGGAGCGAAGGAACCAUUCUCGGAGAGGUAGUACCCAUUCUUGGCACUAGUUCAAUGGUGGAUUCAGUUUGAACCGUAUGGAUGCAAUGUACUAGUUAUUAUCAAUAUGAACUUGGAAAAUUAGAGUCCUCUUGGGAGAUAACUGGAAUGAUGAUGCAGAUCCUACCAAAAAAAAGCUGGUCACCUUUUGGGUCCUGCGUCACCCUCGCUUGAGGAAUGAACGUCUAUGGAAACCUAACUACUAAACAUCUCUUUACGGUACGUUUGUCUCCUUAGAAAAAAAUUUCAGCUCCCUUCAUAUCAAAAGAAGGAUCAUAUAAUUAGCUUUAUUGUGGAUGCCUCCGUUUUUUAAAAUAUCAAAAAAGUCAGAAGUCACAUCCGAAAUGAAGUACAUUGGAGCCUUAGCUGGUCCUAUUUGAAAUUUCCUCAUAUACUGCAGCUGCAAAACUCGGAUUCCGAAGCAUUGCCUGAUUGACCGAAAAGACUUAGCUAGGAAGAUGAAGCGAGAGGCAUUGUAUUCAUCUAUAACGGUGGACAACAGAAAUCGUCCUUUCGAUAAUAUGUCAGCCGUCUUUCAUCUGAAAUUCUUUUAAUUCUUCGUGUUGCUUGUCGAUUCACAGAACCGAUCAACCACUUCUGGCCUUUGCAAUCUAAGGGCCACUCCCCAAACGUAGUUUCUGAAGUCUUGUUUAACCGCAUCCAUUCUUUGACAAUAUCUUGGUCUCCAAAAAAUCAAUUACCAAUGCUGGCAUCUCGGUAUCCUUGUGGAUCUUCGUUCUUUGACGAUAGCUUAAGCUACGGACUUGAAAAGUCACAUCUCUUUGAGGACAUAUUUCAUAUGUCCUUCGAAACCUUAAUAUUUGUCGUCACCCACGAAUAUAUUGUAUUUAUAAAGCUCAAAAGUGAUGAUUAGUCAACCAACCUUAGCGCUCACUCCUUAGCCCAAGGAGUAAGCUGUCAUAGGUGAACAAUCUAAUAAACAGAUCAACUUCAGAGUUCAUUUCUGCACUCUUUACUUGGUUUGAGACCUGUCAUUUUUUUUCUGCUCAUACGGAAGUAAGUCAAGUCCUUAUUCUCCAAAAAGUAUCACAUAACAUACUAGUGCCUUGGUCCUCCAAAUUUCUGCAGAUGAUACCAAACGUUUCCUUCCCUUUAGCAACUAUUGAUAUUUCAGGAACAAUUUGCUCCUUAGCGCAGUACAGGAAAUACUCCCGAGAUAUCGAUAUUUACUGAAUGAAUAUCACACUAGGGAAGAAGUCAGGAAUACCGGAACAUACAUUUUGUGAUUUCUAUUCUUCUUUUUCUUUGACUUUGGUCCUGUUCGGCACGAUGAUCGGUUUGUCUAAAUCUAGGUCGCCACUUUUCUCGUCUCUGAACUUGGUCUGGGUUUACUCGAAAGCCUUUCAAACCGUCAACUGGCGUGUCAAGCUAUCGUCUUUUGCCGUUUUGUAAUGCCGGAUUCCUUUCUCCUUGAUCGUUUCCCUUUAAUCUCCCAAAGUGUUACAACAUACACAUCUUACAUUUCACCAUGCCUUCAUCGCGUUAAUAGUCUUCAAAAAAAGUUCACAAGUUAGCGUCUGACAAUCAGUAGCUCUGAGUUAAAUUAUCAAUCUAAAGGACGUAGCUCGACGCAUCUUAUAUCUAAUCCUUGCUUGUUUUCCUGGGCUCCUCAUCUUUCCAUAUAAUUCAUUCCCUCAUCGGGCAGAGGUGAGGCAGCAUUUGAUGAGUUGCCUGUCCUGGACGAAACCGUCAGUCAAGGUUUUUUCUUUUUGAACUUGAAUGUUUAACCCAAAAAGAGGAGUCCGUGGACCACAAGAGAAGAAGUAAGUUGCUUCCCAAGUGAUUCGUCCGUCAUCAAGUGGAUGCGGACUCAGGACUCCCAGCAUCCUUAACAUCUGCUUCUGGUUCAUUCUGGAGGGCAGAACUCAACCGAAAUCCUUUACUACCCUUUUCCCUUGUGGAAUUUCGCGCAAUUACUCUUUUCGGAGAGCAAAUUUUCUGAAGAUAAGAACCCUCUCAAUCGUGGUGCUUCGAGAAGCAGUUGUUUGUUUUCCUAUAGCGAGGACAAGUUCCUUGAACCAUAGAAAUAGCUACUAAUUUUCGCAAAAUAAGCUCUUUGAAGACCACUUUUUCUCACAGUGAACUCCUUAAAAAACAGAAUUUUAGCAGUUAUACGAUUUUGGAAAGCUAGGAAUGAAUUCUUCAAAAGCUAGAAACUACAGAUGCCCCUUACCCUAGAUCCAAUUUUACGAACAACAGCAACAGCGGUUCUCUAUCUCAGAGCAAUUUCUUCGCAAACCAGAGUCAGUUACUUCUUUCUUCAGAGUGAAUUUUCAUAGACCAGGAACAACCAUUUACCCUCAACUAGACCAGAACUUCAGCAGUUGUGGUAUUCCGGGAGUCAACUGUUUCCUUCCUCAAAGCAUGUCCAUAAAACGCUCCAAACUAUUGCUUCCCAUGCAACAUUUCGAACUUUUUCGUUUCAGAAAACAGGCAGGUAUGAGAAAGGCGGAGCCAGAACAAACUGGUGGGCACACCUCAUUGCUGUUUAACAGAGUAGAAACCCUUAAUUAGGUAGUCAGCACCCGUAAUACAACCAUAGGAAAUCUAAAUCUGGCUUCAUUUCGCCAAGUUCAUAUAGCGCCCAUGGGAAGGCAACCCUUCAAAGGGACGAAAAAAAGCUAAAAAAUGAGAAUCCAAUUCCAAUGGACAGUGAUACCCUAACCUCUCUCAAAACUAAAUCCUCAAGUCAGCCAACUAAAUUAGAUCUUUUUCUAAGCAAACCCAAGAAUCUUAUUUCAUUUAUUUCCAUCUUUUAAGCCACGGAGGAAGUGACUUUCAGUGAACGUUCCAGACUGAACAGGUUGACGUCUUCAAAAUUUUGACUUUCAGCGAGGGUGGAGCUAUAUGGCAUUUCAAGGCUAAAGGUGAAUGUCCACAGUCCAAAGUAUGAAUUUUGAAGUCCAAAAUCAGAAGGCCAAUGUCAAAAUUUCAAGAGACUUCAGGACCUUCAGUAUUCCACCGUACGGUUGUAUGGCUUUUAUAGAGAUCAAGCUACCAAACAGACUGUAUACUUCUGAAGAAACAGAAUCCAGACUGUACAGAACAAAUAGAAAUACUUGAUUACUUCGAGGAGAAUCUCUAAUCUGAUUUUUACUUCACAGCCAUUUGCAAAUUUGAUGAAGUUUAUCAUCCUACCAUUCCCAAAUACGACCUUCAAAAUCAAAUUUUUCCCUGAUCCCUGAAAAUCCCUACAAUCACCCUGGUCAGCAAAUACCGAGGGAAAAGGUCCAAAAUUGAGCAGUGGUUAUGGGUCUUCAUUGUGCAUGACUACCUCAGUUCAAUUGUGAAAUAGGCUCGGCUGGAGUGAGAAAGUGCCGGGCCCGGAGAUAAGCUAAUUUUAUUAAAUUUUGUUAAAUUUUUCUGCUCCGGUCUCACGGCGGGUAUUCACUCCUUUCUUCCUUUUUCACCCAUUCCCCUUUUUCUUCCUUUCUCCCAUCCCCUCUUUCUUCCUUUCUCCCAUCCCCUCUUUCUUUCUUUCUCCCAUCCCUUCUUUCUUCCCUUUCUCCCCUCCUAUCGAAGGACAUGAAAGUACGAUUUACUCAACGGGGGAGUUUUUCUACUCCAGUCCCCCGAGAAAACUUCGGGCCCGAAGGAGGUUCGCUCCUUUUUCUCCGUUUGACCUCUUUUCCCUCUUUUUUCUUGCUCUCCCUUUCUCCCCUCCUCUCGACCGAAGAUUCACUUAACGAGGGAAUUUUUCUACUCCGGUCUUCCAAGAAAACUUCGGAGCUGGCGGGAAUUCGCUCUUUUUCACCCUUCCCCUCUUUCUUCCUGUCCUCCCUUUCUCCCCCUCCCUUCUUUCUUCCCUUUCUGCCACUCCUCUAAACAGACUUGGGAGUACGAUAUACUCAACGAGGGUGCUUUUUAAUCCGGACCCUCCAGAAGAAACUUUGGUAUGAAUCGAUUCGCUCCUUUUUUUCCCUUUUCACCCCCCCCCCCCUCUCGCUUCCCCUUUUCACCCCCCUUCCCUCUUUCUUCCGUUUUCCCCUCUCCUCUUUCUUGCAUGUCUCCCCCUACUCCCAAUUUUUCUACUUCAGACCACUCAGUAGAAAACCGGGCCCGGAGGGACUCGCUCCUUUCUUCCCGUUUCACCUCCUCCACUAUUUCUUCCUUCUCUCCUCGACUCACCUGGGAGUACCAUUUACUCAGCAAGGGAGAUUUCCUACUCCAGAGAAAUUCGGACCCGGAGGGGAUUCGUUCUUUUCUAUCUUUUUCACCUCUGUCCUCUUUUUGCUUCCCUUUUUCCCUUCCCUCUUUCUUCUCUUUGGCCCUCCUUUCUUCUCUUUCUCCUUCUCCUCCCGACCAACGUUGAAGUACGAUUUACUCAACGCGGGAGUUUUUGUAUUCUGAUUCCCGAAAGAACUUAAGAGUCAGGGGGAAUUCACUCCUUACUUCCCUUCCACCUGCCCGCGUGGGAAUAUAAUUCCCACAACGAGGGAGUAUUCCUCUCCGGUCCCUCGAAAAGAACUUCAGGCCCGGAGGGGAUUUGUUCCUUUCAUUCCUUUUCGCUCCCUUUCCUCGACGUGGGAGUACGAUUUACUCAAUAAGAGAGUUUUUCUACUCCAGACCCCCCGGAGAAAAUCGGACCCGAAAAAAUUUGCUCCUUUUUUCCCUUUUCACUCCCUCCACUCUUUCUUCCCUUGUUUCCCUUCCCCCCACCCUCCUCUCAAGUGACGUGGGAAUACAAUUUACUCAACGGGGGAAUUUUCCUACUCCAGGCCCCCGAGUGAAAUUCGGGCCUAGAGGAGAUUCGCUCUUUUCCUCCGCCUUUCACCCCCUUCCCUCCUUUUCCCUUCCCCUCUUCCUUCCCUUUUUCCCCUCCAAUCUUUCUUCUGUUUCUCCCCUUCCUCAGGACCAACGUUGAAGUUCGAUUUACUCUACGAGGGAGUUUUUCUACUCCGGCCUCCCGAAAGAAUUUAGGAGUCAGAGAAGAUAAGCUUCUUUCUCCCUUUUCACCUCACCCCACCCUCUUUCUUCUUUUUCUCCCCCUCCUCUCGAUCGACACGGGAGUACGAUUUACUCAACGAGGGAGUAUUCUUUCUCCGGUCCUCCGAGAGAUCUUCAUGCUCGGUGGGGAUUCGCUCCUUUCUCCCCUUUUCGCCCCUUCCCUCUUUCUUCCCUUUCUCCAAUUCCCUCUUUCUUCUUUUUCUUCCCUUUCUAUCGUUCUUCCCUUUCUCCCCUUCCUCUUCUCCCCUUCCCUCUUUCUUCUCCUCUCUUUCUUCCCUUUCUGUCCCCCUCUCGACUAUCGUCGAAGUACGAUUUACUCACGGAGGGCCACCAUUUAAAUGAUUGAGAUGUUGCAACAAGGCGAAGCAUAUGCUGCGGAUGCUGACUUUAGGUGGUUCGUUCGCAGUGAGAUUUUUUGAAUCGCGCUCAUAAAAAAAACGCAAAAUUGCUCUUAAUAAUGUACCCUACCUAGAACGAAACUACUCAUAUCCCAACUAAGGCGGACAUAACUUAGAAGGAUGUAGCAAAGAAAGGCAACUUUAGGUCCCUUUCUAAAUAUGUUUCUAUGGACCUGGAGCAGUUCUUAAUCCACGAUAAAACACCUCAACCAUCCCUCUCCCUUUUUUUGGAAUGGGGUAGGUGAAUGCAUUUAUGCACAGAAUGUUGGACUCCCGCAACAAUACGUCGGACUACCAACUAAACACCUUUUCAUCGUCAGGGAACUAGCCUGGAACCGUUUGUCACAUUACUUCGGGGUAGUCCCCGAACUCCCUUGCCUUGCGGAGGCAUCAAAUCAGGGAAUUGUUUUCACCAACCGGAGAGGAGAGGAGGAAGGGAACUGCCAGUUCAUGGAAUUCUCUGCUAUCCGGCUCCUCCAGCGGUCGAGCUCUAUCUUCUUUGCAACGAGAAGGGCCCGAACGUAAUGAGCAACACGGCUCCACUUGUCAGCGCUCCUCAACAUCGCCUAGACAAUGUUGUCUGGAGGAAAAUUCCCUUGCCACCCUUAAGCUUCACUCUCAUUGGUUGGUUAUUUACAUGCUACUAGUUUGCGAACCUCUUGAUUGAAAGUUUAACUGGGAUAGGCUUAAUGGCAUUGCGAAGGUUUAACUGUCAUGACAUGCAUAACAUAUUUUUAGUGGAAAAUUUCAAUUACGUCUAUUAUUUCUUCUCUUUCAAAAGUAUCUAACGUUAAGUCUCCACUCAAAAUGUUUAUGCAUUGACAAUGAUAAUUCUCAACUGAAAGAAACGACCGUAUCGACCCACAGACUAGUGCGCAAUGUAGUAAUGACGGAUGAUAUUCAUACAGCACAGCUCCUUUUUUAGACGCUUUCACCAUUGGGAGUACCAAGUGUAUCGCACCCUCGAGAACUCACUAUCGUUGGCCAAGACACUUAACAGCAACCUAUUAUUUGGUCUAACCGGUUUUAAGGUCACCAGAUAGUAGGACCAGUCUGAUAAUGAAGACACUUUUGACCUAGAAUGCACUUAGUACUGAAAUCUACAAGACCCGCUUGAUCGUAAAACGAAGCUUGCACCAAGACCAGAUUGGUAAUAAAGAGAUCCUUAUCCUAAAGGCCUGCCUAUUACUGACACGAGCCUGGCACUAAAAUCCUGGGCCUGGUAUCAAAGCCUGUGGCCAGCUGGGAGUAACGCCAACCCGACACUAAAGUCAGACUUAUACCUUAGGCCUGACAAGCUUGGUACCUAAUCUGGUAGUAAGGCUAGCUUGGUACGAAGGUCAACCUGGUAUUAAGGUACUAAUGCUAGCCUGGUGUUGAGAGGAGGCCCGUGUUGUUCCUAUUAAGAUGAGCCUGAUUGGUGUUAAGGCUAACGUGACCUUAUAAGUCACUUGGAUCUUCGAACUCAGAAACAACCCCCGCAGGUACAUUCUUAUCCACCCUUUGCUUCAAGUAUCCCUUUUUAUGGAGCCCAACUACAACUAAUGGAUAAACCAAUCUGAUAAAUAAGCAACAAUCCAUCAUGCCUGACUCUCUUACAAAAUAAUCCCAAACACAUAAAGCAUUUUGCUCAUUUAUAAAAGUCACCGUGCACAAUAUUUGCACACGCCUUGGAAAACGUUCUCGCUCAAAAGAAGAAAAAACACUUUUUACACGUUUUAGAAAAAUGAAGGAAAACCACUCCAUAGUUCGUGCGUAGCGCUAGCUCGUCUGUGUAUCUUAGAUAGCUAUCAAAAGCUAAAACAUUGUCGAGUUUUGUAGAACGUAUUGAAUGUUAAAAAGAAAAUCGAAAUCUCGCCGCUUUAAUUGUUACACUAAACACACUCACACGAAAAGCAGAAUAUCUAGAGAGGUGUUACCUCGAUGCUUUAUGGAUGUAUAGAGGAAAAUAAGAACAGAUAACUACGAAAGUGACCUAAGGAAACAGAAAAAAAAUUAAUGAAAUAUAUUAAGAGAACGGAGAACUUAUAGUUGGAAAGGUGUUUUGUUAAGUCAGUUCUUCUUUCGUUGGAGUUCCUUUAAUUUUGCAAUAAAAGAUACAAUAAUUUCCACAGCCCUUGAUGUAUUUCGCAAUUCUAAUUCUUCCAAUUUAUUUAAUUUAAAUCCUUUUUCAAAAUUAUUAAAUUUAUACUAAGAAAAGGAAGCAUAAUAUUGCAGGAACGAAAGUUAACCGAAUAUAUGAAACCUACUUUUAUUGGAUAAAGAUAAAAUCACAAAAAAAAAUGCAAAAAAUAAUAGAUACCAUAAAAGAAAGUGUACAUGCAUUAUUUAAUUCAGCCAAAAUAAAUCUAUUCUCAAUAACUAAAGCCUACGCUAAUAUUUCUACUGCAUAUUAUCUCGAAAAUAAAAGGAAGAAAGAUACUUUGAACUUUAUGGAGUACUGCAAUUAUAAAGAAAGAUAAAAUUUCAUGAGAUUACUGGUCAAAUUACCAAAGGGCGAAAUUAACACUCCCAAAAAAAAGAAUCUCCAAGCAACCACUUUAACGUGAAUGGAAUUAAAAUUGAAAAUUGAUAUCUUGAAAGCAAUUUUUUAAAAAAAAAAUUAAAUAAAAUAAAAAUCAUGAUCAUUGGAAAUUCCCAAAAAAUUUUAUUAAAAUUUUAUAAUAAAUCCAUCAGUGAAUUAAAGGAAGCCCACUUUCUAUGAUAAAUUAAGCAACAACAAUGAAUUUUACUUCAAACAGAAGAACAUAAAAUUAAAUUGAAUAAUUAAAAAGUAAAAAAAUGAAAAUGAAUAAAGAAAAUGUGUAUUUUUAUACUUCUCUAAUCGCGAUGAAAUGAAAACCCGGAAAAAAACUUUAAAAAGGUAAUAAAAAUACGCUAAAUUUACAAAUCUUUAAAAUGAAAUACUAGAAUUACAAUAUUUCAUAAUAUUUUUCACUAAACGAUCAUUGGAAAGGGGACGGUCCCCCAUUUUAUAUGGACCUAAUAUGAAAUUGAAAUUAUCUCAGAAAAUUGAAAAUUGAAAACUAUUGUGAAAUGCAAUGAGCUAUUUUGAAAUUUUCCAGAAAAAUGAACCAAACUUUUUUUUGUUACCAUAAAAUAUCUGUAGAUUUUCUUUUUGUUGUAUAUUAUUUUUAAAGGUAAAAGAAAAUGAUGAAUUACUAUUUCUCCAUUUGUUAAUAAUAUAUUUUAUAAUACUUUAAAUUAAUACUAAGAAAUUUUCUAUAAAUAAUUUCCUAAUAAUUAUACCGAACUAAACAACGGAUAAACGGACUAAUUUACAUUUCUCCCCAAAGUCAAAGGUACGAAUCAAACCAUCAGAAACAGAACACAAUUGAACUCUCCAAGUGAAUUGAAUAAUUCUUUUUAUUAUUUUCCAUUCGUAUCUUUUUAUUUUUGUGAAUAAUUUCAAGCUUACUCCUCUGAAGUAACAAUAAAAUUUGAACUACUGCAAUCCAAUCAUUUAUAUGCCCCUCCUUCUCCCUCCCCCCAUUAUGAUAAUGUCCUCCGUGUAUAUACUUGAUGCAAAAUGAAAUAUUAUAUAAAAGAAACCUACAUACGAUCAUGUAUUCUAACUAUUAUUAUGAUUAUUAUAUUCUUAUAAUUAUCAUUACAAUAUUUACUAACAUUUGAAUAGGAUCAUGUUUGAAAUGGAUUUAUGUAAUGGUAAUGAAAAUGAUAGAAAUGGAUUAGGAUGUGGACUGGAAACGCUAAAUAGAAGCGAUGAAAAAAAAUAAAAAAAUAAUGAAGUUAUAUUUAACGAUGAUUAUAAUAUGAUGAAAAGUAAUAUUAUAGUAAACAUCAAUGAUGAAAACGAAUAUUAGGAAAUAUAUUGUUUGUAUUAACCCCAA